AUGCGGUCAUUGCUUACCGUCCUCCUCUUAUUUCUCGCCGCGCCCAGCCUCGCCGCUCCGUACCGCGGCCAACCCACCGUCCCAUUAAUCAUCCCUGGGGGACACCUGCAAGAUAUUGAACAAGCUACUGCUAUUACGACGAGCGCGGUCCCAACAGAGAUCCCAACUGCUGUUGUCGUGCCUCUCCCGGGCUUCAACCAAAUCGCGCAAAACAAGACGCAGCAGGCCGCAGCUACUGGUACUGCCUACAAGAGUCCCGACAGCAAUGCUGCCUUUGGAGGCACGUGCGUGCAGGUAACACUCGGCGGCCACGGGAAGAUUGGCAUGACGACGCUGGAGGGGCGAUGUGUUGAUGAUGCGGGCAUGUGGUGGGACACGAGCCUGGAUUUGAACUCGUGUAUUGGGAAUGCGGGGGGGCAUUUGGUGUAUGAGACACAGUAA